CGCCAGUUUCUCCACUCUCCUUGUUCGAUAGGUUCUAGUUCCACCCACCCUCCAGGUUUUUUCUUGACUCGAAUACCUCAAAUCUUACUUGUGAACUACUAACUGGUGUUUCAGUCGUGAGUUAUUAUGGUGUUUCUCCGUAAAAACAAUCACAUAACACCCUUUCAUUAAACUAAAAAAAAACUUUAAUGACUGCAGCUCCAUAUUACCGAUCCAUCUUCACCCAAUUCCUCGAAUACACCCAGCAAAAAAACCUCCCAAACGGCAGAACACUUCACGCACACAUCAUCAAAACCGGCUCCAUACACUGCUCUUACAUCGCCAACACCCUCGUUAACUUCUACGCCAAAUGCCACCGCUUACCCGAAGCUCAUCUUGCCUUUGAAAGCAUCGAAAACAAAGACGUUGUCUCAUGGAACUCAUUAAUCAAUGGAUACUCUCAACUGGGUGGGCCCCAGAACUCCGUCAUUGUCAUGCACCUGUUCAAGAAAAUGAUGAGCCAAGCGCAUUUGGUGCUACCUGAUGCACGUACUUUUGCAGGUGUUUUUACUGCUGCGUCGGCUUUAGGGGACUGUUUUGGAGGGAAACAAGGUCAUACGGUUACUGUUAAGUUGGGAAGAUGUGAUGACAUUUUUGUUGGUAGUUCUUUGUUGAACAUGUAUUGUAAAGCGGGGUUGGUUGAAGAUGCUCGCAAGGUGUUUGAUGAAAUGCCUGAGAGAAAUUCGAUUUCUUGGGCUACUAUGAUUUCCGGGUAUUCGAUGCAGAGGAUUUGUGGGGAGGCUUUAGAGCUUUUUAGGGAGUUGGUAGCUUACGAAGAGGCGUACGUGAACGAGUUUGUCGUCACAAGCAUUUUAAGCGCGUUUACUUUGCCUGAAUAUGUUCACAUCGGAUCGCAAAUUCAUUGUCUUGGACUUAAACAUGGGUUGUUAUCUCAUGUGUCUGUCGGUAACGCGAUUGUCACGAUGUAUUCGAAGUGUGGAAGCUUGGAUGAGGCUGUAAAAGCAUUUGAUUUGUCGAGUAAUAAGAACUCUAUCACAUGGUCUGCGAUGAUCACCGGCUAUGCACAGGGUGGAGAUCAUAAAAAGGCAUUGGAAUUGUUCUCGAAAAUGCAUUUUAACGGGUUAGUUGCUAGUGAAUUUACGCUAGUUGGGGUCCUUAACGCUUGUAGUGAUGGUACGGCUAUUGGUGAGGGAAAAGAGGCACAUGCAUACUCGAUUAAACUAGGGUUCCAAUAUCAAAUAUACAUAAUGACGGCCGUAGUUGAUAUGUACGCUAAAUGCGGUUUCUUAGACGAUGCUCGAAAGGGGUUUGAUCAUUUACAAGAACCAGACGUUGUGUUGUGGACUUCAAUGAUCGGAGGAUACGUUCAAAACGGAGAAAACGAGCGUGCGAUCGACUUGUUUUGUAAAAUGCAAACGCAAGGUAUCUCACCAAACGAGCCAACAAUGGCGAGUGUUUUAAAAGCAUGUUCAAGUCUCGCUGCACUCGAGCAAGGAAAACAAAUUCACGCAACUACUAUCAAACACGGAUUCGGGCUCGAGGCUCCGAUCGGAGGUGCACUGUCAACCAUGUACGCUAAAUGCGGAAGCCUAAAAGACGGAGAUCUUGUAUUUACGAGAAUGCCAUCACGAGACGUUAUUUCAUGGAACGCGAUGAUUUCUGGUCUGUCCCAGAACGGGCAAGGCGUUGAAGCACUUGAAUUGUUCACGAAAAUGCAGAUCGAAGGUACAAAACCGGAUUACGUUACUUUCGUUAACAUUCUCACUGCGUGUAGCCACAUGGGAAUGGUGGAAAAAGGAUGGGAGUAUUUCAAUAUGAUGUCGAAUGAAUACGGUAUUACUCCAAGAAUAGACCAUUACGCAUGCAUGGUCGAUCUUUUGAGCCGUGGUGGAAAGCUCAAUGAAGCAAAAGAUUUUAUCGAAUCCGCUCCGAUUGAUCAUGGUCUAUGUUUAUGGCGUAUACUGUUAAGUGCUUGUAGGAAUUAUCAUAACUAUGAGUUAGGAGCGUAUGCGGGUGAGAAACUAAUGGAAUUGGGGUCACAAGAAUCUUCUGCAUAUGUGUUGUUGUCGAGUAUUUAUAAGGCUCUUGGAAGAUUGAGCGAUGUUGAACGGGUUAGACGAAUGAUGAGUGUUCGUGGGGUGAGUAAGGAGCCAGGGUGUAGCUGGAUCGAGCUUAAGAGUCACAAUCAUGUGUUUGUCGUUGGAGACCAGUUACAUCCGCAAGUUGACGAAAUACGUUUGGAGCUAAAUAGAUUGAGUAAAGUGAUGAAAGAUGAAGGUUACCAUCCUGAAUCUGAUUUAAAUUUUGCGGAUUUGGAGGUGUGAGAUUCUCUGAUUGAUUAGGAUCAUGAAUCAUACUCCCUGGUCGAGAUUUUUUAUUUAUUUAUUUUAUAUAUUUUUAGUUUUAAUACUCGACAAACAGGACAACUGCAAAUACUUUGAACCUUGAAUUAAACUGUAUUUGAUGAUUUGAAACAAUGUGCAGCAUCUAAAAUUUUGAUGAAGCACAUUCAGGUAUGUUUUUU